CAUUUUCUACCGUUUGUCCCUUACGGGGUCGCGGGGGGUCGCUGGAGCCGAGGCUUAAGUGGUAGAAACACGUCGGAUCCAAUGGAAUGCACCAAAUAGUAGAAACUAAUUGGAGUCAACAAAGGCUUCAAAAGCAGAACUAUAACCUUACAGGAGAAUAGAUGUUUGCCUUCUAUGUGGGAUUUUAAAAAGUUGCAGAUACUCACAUGAGUUUCAAGGAGGAAGCCAAGAUGGGGGACAUCUUAGCCACUGAAGCCAAUCUGCUUGGGAUGAUCAAGGAGUACCUCAAGAUUGAACAGUUUGAUGAAACUGUUCAGAGUUUUGACAAGGAGUGCAAAAACAAAGGAAAGCUGGUACCCAAGCCUCAAGGGAAUGCUCUGAGGGACUUAAAGACUCACGUCAACCAGAAAGAUCUACUUAGCUCUUUUGAUAAUGGAGACUGCAAUGUGUUCUUUGAGCUGUGGGCUGAAAUUAUUCCAUAUGAUGUAAACAACACAGAGGCCCUAAAGCUGGAGUUUUACCUCCACAUCCACUUUACCAUCUACCCACUGAGAAGCCACCCUGCAAGACAAGAUCGGGCAGAGUUUGAAAAGAGGAUUUCUUAUUUCAAGAAGUUUCUGGAUAUGCGAGGAGGAGCACUUAGCCAGAACCCGGAGUUUCUGCCUUACUAUGCUUUGCCCUUUGUGUCCAACCCCAGUGCCCAUCUCUCCUUCAAGGAUCUCUUUAAGGAUUCCUGGAUACCAAAGUUAAAGAACAAACUUGAGGAGUUUCUGUCCAGGGCACUUAAACAUUCAAACUGUCCGAGGCUGCUGACGUUAUAUAAGGAGGGUGGAAAGAGAUCUAAAGAAGCCCUGCAGCAGCUCAAAUUUCAGCUGGAAGAGUCGGAGUGGCGCGCUUCCACUUACAAGCGGAAGUUCAACAAGAUGCAGGCUGACUACUACCAGCUGAUUACUAUCACUGCUGAGCUGGUUGACUCUUUGGAGGCCACCAUCAGCGGAAAAACGCUCUCCCCGGAGUACCUGCACAAUGUGUGUGUUCGCCUGUUCAGCAGGCAGAUGAGGCAAAGUGCGGUGCAAAUGACUGACUUUACCAGGCCUGGCAGUGGAUAUUACUCAAUGAGUCCCUAUGAUGAUGGCUAUGCGUCCUCAAUACUACGAGCAUCUAUUGCACCACAAACUAAGGAAGUGCCAAUGCUGCCCUCUUUGGAUUAUGUAAAGUUGAAAAAGGACCUGCAUAAAGGAACAGACCGCCUCAGGUCUCUGCUACUUCAGGCGCUGCGCUGGAGACUCACUCGCUCACUUCCUGGUGAACAGAGAGAUGCCGUACUUCAAGCAUAUAUAAGCAACGACCUGUUGGAACGCAACAGCACAAAGCAGAAAACGGUGCUUCAUUUACUGACUUCCAAGAAUGAGAUAGUGCGACAGUACAUGGCUCGCCUAAUCAAUGCAAUUUCCUCUAUUGCAGAUGGACGGGUUUACCUCUCCCAAAUCCCAUAUAUUCCUAAAAUUUUGAUAAAAACACUCUCAACAGAGGAAAAGGACUCCUUGACCAGAGAGAAUGUACUAGUAUCUCUACAGAAACUCAGCCUGAGGAAGAACCAGCAGCUGGCCAUGAUCGAAAAUAAUCUGAUUGGCUGGCUAGUGGAUGAACUCGAUGACACAGACUCUCUGAGCGAUGACACCCUGGAGUAUUCUGCAGCUCUUCUUAUGAACUUGUGCCUGCGAUCGAAAGGAAUAAAGAAGUGUGCAGAAAAUGCGCAGCACGUGCUCAAGGUCCUCACUGACCUCCUUGGGCAUGACAACGAUGAGAUUCACAAAUACGUGAAUGGAGCCCUGUACAACAUCUUGUCCAAUCCGUCUGUGAGACAAGAAGCAAAAGAGAUGAGUGUGGAGGAGAUACUUUGCUGCUACAGGAAAGAGGACAACCCAGCUCUUCACAGGCAAAUUGGCUUUGUCAUUAAACAGCUCAACUCAGCGGAAGGGCAAGAGUCGGAUGAUGACGAGGAUGAGGAUGAAAAUGAUGAGGAUGAAAAUGAUGAAGAUGUAAUGGGGUCAGACAUAGAUAAAGAGGAGGUCCUGCAUCCUCAGCCCAGAGAGCUGUCUGGGGAAAGUUUGCUCAACACUGAAUACCUGGGUAUUAUGACUAACGUACCCAAACUGAAGAGGAAAUCAACUACACAGCCUCAACCAAGCGUUGACGAGCCCCUACAGCGACCGGUGACCCCAGGCUCACAUCGUAAUACAAAUGCAAUGGGAGAUUCGAUCUCUGCGUUUCAAAGUAAACCUAUCCUCGCCCGGACUCCUGAACCAGAACCCAUUCAAUCCCAGUCCGAACCCCGGCUGUGCACUGCAAGCUCUUCAAGCACGUGUUUUAUGGGAGGUCAGAAUGAAGGCCCCAACUCCACACCUCCUGUGUCCUCCUCCAGGCAGUGACUCAAAGCAGUGUUGAAGAGGGAGCUGUCACCACAGCGUAGCUCUAUCUUCCCCGGAGCAUCAGGCUUCCUGUAACAUCAUCCCUCCAGGUUUUGAUCAGGGUCAAGGUAACCGAGAGGGUCGAGAAUCAGCGGCGGGGGCAGAGGAGCUCGAACAAUGCAAAGGAUUGUGGUGCUGCAUUUUUUCUCGGCUGCAGCACAGACUUUUGUAACCCGAUAUGAGGUCAGACAAUAAUCGCGUCCCGCAGCCGGCCAACCGGGUGCUGUAUGUGGCCUCGUUUGGCCCACAAUUUCUCCGCACGCUCGCUCUCUCAACGAGGUCACACUUGGCACACCUGAAUAUGUGCAACAUCCAUUACAGGUCACAAGACUAAGCUUUUUUUUUUCAAGCUGAUCCCGAUACAGAUAAUUCCCUGGUCCUUAAAGGGAAACAUUAUCACAAUUUCAGAAGGGUUAAAACCAUUAAAAAUCAGUUCCCAGUGGCUUAUUUUAUUUUUCGAAGUUUUUUUCAAAAUUUUACCCAUCACGCAAUAUCCCUAAAAAAAGCUUCAAAGUGCCUGAUUUUAACCAUCGUUAUAUACACCCGUCCAUUUUCCUGUGACGUCACAUAGUGAUGCUAACUCAAACAAACAUGGCGCAUAGAACAGCAAGCUAUAGCGACAUUAGCUCGGAUUCAGACUCGGAUUUCAGCGGCUUAAGGGAUUCAACAGAUUACGCAUGUAUUGAAACGGAUGGUUGUAGUGUGGAGGCAGGUAUAGCGAAAAUGAAAUUGAAGAAGAAACUGAAGCUAUUGAGCCAUAUCGGUUUGAACCGUAUGCAAGCGAAACCGACGAAAACGACACGACAGCCAGCGACACGGGAGAAAGCGAGGACGAAUUCGGCGAUCCCCUUCUAACCAACGAUUGGUAUGUGUUUGUUUGGCAUUAAAGGAAACUAACAACUAUGAACUAGGUUUACAGCAUAUGAAAUACAUUUGGCAACAACAUGCACUUUGAGAGUGCAG